AUGGAGACGGCGGCUCGAUUUGGCAAUAAUAGGAAACUAUUCCGCCUUCUUUAUGAAGCAACUAUAGCUCAGAGAAUGAUCAGUGAAAUGUUGCUGAUAGCAAUGGAUGAAUUCUUUGAAGCCAAAGUUAACCAUGAUGCAUCAUCUGUUGCCCCGGAAAUACUUGAUUCGCUCAUCGAACCAUAUUUGCAACUACGACAAAAGAGGAAAAUAAUCUCUAUCAUUCAGAAAUUUAAGGCUAAUAAAAUGGUCUUCGGGCUGAACUCUUCAUCUAUCACAUCUUCAACAAUUGAGCUUUCUACUAGAGAAAAGCAAUUCUGCUUCCUAUUCCUGAGAAAGAUGACAGGACGUAUUAUGACAAUUAUCGAGGAACCAGCCUUCCAGACAUCUCCUGGAAAAAUUUUUGUUCCUCUUCUGUUGCAUAAACUUAUGGCAGUAUGA